AUGUCUGUAAGCCAGGUUCGUCAGAAUUACCACUUGGAGAGCGAAGCAGGCGUCAAUCGACAAAUCAACAUGGAGCUGUAUGCCAGCUACUGCUACUUGUCGAUGUCGUACUACUUCGAUCGUGACGAUGUGGCUCUCCCCGGCUUUGCGAAGUUUUUCAAGAAGUCAUCUGAUGAAGAAAGAGAGCAUGCUGAAAAGCUAAUGAAGUACCAGAACAAGCGUGGUGGCCGCAUCGUGCUACAGGAUGUGAAGAAGCCAGAGUGUGAUGAGUGGGGGAGUGGUCUGGAAGCCAUGCAAGUGGCCCUGCAGCUGGAGAAGAGUGUCAACCAGUCUCUGCUGGACCUUCAUAAGCUGUGUACCAGCCAUGAGGAUGCUCAGAUGGCCGAUUUCCUGGAGACUGAGUACCUAGAAGAGCAAGUGAAGUCCAUCAAGGAAAUAGGUGACCACAUCACUAACCUGAAACGUGUAGGGACAGGCCUGGGAGAGUACCUGUACGACAAGGAGUCCCUUAGCGACUAA